UCUUCACCUAGGGCCGCUGCGUCCCCAUUGAGAUCCUCUCAUCACUAAUCUUCCUCCUCCUCGCCCCCGAUAUGAUGAGCGACGAAAAUACGGCCGCCACGAAUCAUGAUUGAGGCAAUCCGCGCUCCAUGUCUGCCUCCACGUCUCGACCUUUGUUUCCGUCAGCCGACAUAACGUGCAUCGGUUCCGAUCCCUUCGAGCCGUUACCCCUCAUCGCCGAUAUCCUGCGCACCGGCUACUGCAUUCCAGGCUCCGUCUUUCUCGUCGAGGGCGUCGACGUCGUCCACACCUCCAGGUCCAAGCGAUGGCGAGCCGUGCGCCUGCUUCUAGGUGAUGGGGAGUUAUGUAUACAGGCCCUCCUGUCGGCCGACAUGCAUAGAUACAUUGAUAGCGGAGAAGUCUCCUUCGGAUCUUACGUCAGGCUGGAGAAGUUUAGGGUCGAGUGGAGAGACGCCGCCGAGGGGAAAGGAAAUGGAUCCUCAGAUGCAAAGGGAAAGGAGAAGGAGAAGAGCGGUGGCGACCAAGACGCAGAGGGUAGCAUGGUCUACCUAGUUGUUGAGGAUAUUGUGCUAGUAGGAUGGAAUAACACCCUUAUCGACGCGACUAACCUGCGGAAUGGGCCAAGCGGUAGCGAUCGGGUCGGGGAAGACGAGGCUACGCGCGUUUCCGAACCUGAAAACGAGCUAGUACCAAGCGAUCGCACCACCAUCCGCUUCUCUGAUAAUGACGCCGGGCCACCUCAAAACACUGUUGACGGCGCAGAUGACGAUGACUUCGAAGUCAUGCCGAUCGCCCCGGAAAGAACGACCCAGAAUCGCAUUGACCUCGCCGUGAGGUCCGGGGACCGAAUCUUCACAGGUGGAGAUACCGUAAGGCCACGAUCACCGGCAGAUGGGGGUCGUCCCUCAUCGCCGCAUCCGGUCGCGAGCACGCCACGGCCCGUGAAGCUUACAAAGCUGCGUGCGAUACCAAACCUGCCGUACAAGCAGAACUGGAGCGUCAAUGUACUCGCCGUCGUCGCUGCCGUCUCGGAAGUCGAGCCGUCGACGCUGCCGCCGUACAGCCAGCGACAGGUGCGGCUCGCCGACCCGUCGACCGACAAGCGCGUGCUUCUGACCGUGUUCCUGGAGCCGGAGCUGUUCGCGCCCGCCGUCGGCAGCGCCGUGCUGCUCCUCGGCGUCAAGAACCACCGCUUCGAUGGCGGCUGCCUCAAGAAGUACGCCAGCGACCGGUCCAGGGCCCCCGGGCACACCGCCUGGUGGUACGAGAACCCGACGCAGUUCGACUGGUGCGAUGUCGAGGGGCUGAGGCGGUGGUGGCAUGAGAGUCAGGCGGAGUGAUGCGCAUCUCGAGUACUGACAUGAAUUACGUUUAGCCUCCGUUGAGUACAUAAAAUCGAGCAUACCGAGAAUUAAACUAAUGAAAAUACAUGCAACGAUGGUAUAGGUUCAUAUGGCCGUCAUUCAGGGCCGCGAUAAAAUAU